UAUCCGUUUAGAUAUCAAAUGCACUAAGGCUCAUUCUUAAGAUCUUCCGGUCUAUGCUGCCUAAUGGCGCAACUAUCCACCAUUUUUUUGCCGACGCCCCAUGGAUUCUGAAGGAAAAUCUACCCAAUCUUCCUCACCUUUGAUUCCAACUACCAAUUCUGCUAAUUAAUAUUAAUAUUAAUAUUAAGGCUCAGAUAAUAAACCCAAUCCCCUCAUUCACUGUCCCUUCUCAACCAAACACAAGUCCAUCUUCUCAGUCAUCCUUAAUUAAUAUUACGCCCUCACUUCAAGCCUCCAUUAAACUCAUGUCAUUGAAUUAUCAAACUUGGUAUUCACAAUGGCGAUCCGUUCUUAUUGGAUAUGGAUUCACACAGUUUGUUACAACAUAACCAUCUACACAGCAAAUUCGAUCUGACUAUUGGUAUCGUCAAGAUCAAUUGUUAAGAAGUGCGAUUAUUGCUUCUCUUUCUAAAGAAGUUCUUUCACUUGUGAAUGCUGCUGAAACUUCAUAUGAUGUAUGGACUGCUUUGCAUACUAUGUAUGCUCGUCCCUCUCGAUGUCGUAUUCUUAGCCUUAAAGAAUCUUUGUCUCGGGCAACCAAGGGCUCUCAAUCUAUGACUUCCUACCUUGAGCAUAUUAAGCAAUUGGUCACACCUCUUAAUUCUACUGGUGCAAAUUUGACUUUGGAUGAUGUGACAUUACAUGCUUUGCAGGGUCUUCCUCCUGAAUAGAGAGUUGUAUUGUUCUUGCCCACCCAAUAGCAAAAUCGUCCAAGGUUUUACUAGGCAAAUAGCAGAAGACUGCAGCCCUGGAUUCUUGCUGCUUGGAAGGUUUGUGCAACUACUUCAAGAGAUCAUACCAGAAGAAUAACACUGGAUCAUAUCAAAAGAAUAAUUCUAAGCCCCAGAUGAUCUGUCAAUAUUAUGAUAAACCAGGACAUGUUGUCAAGCAAUACAGAAAAUUGAAGAAUGCAUUCCCUUGGCUAGCAUCUUCCUCCAUGGUUGAUUCCGUUGAUCCCAAGCCAAUGGCCAAUGUUGCAAAUGCAACAGCUAUGGGUAAUUCAAAUUGGCUACUUGACUCGGGUGCUUCUCAUCACAUUACGAGUGAUCUAGAAAACCUUUCUCUUCACUCGGAUUAUACUGGUGAUGAUGUUAUGAUUGGCGAUGGAAAUAAUUUAAAAGUCACACACUUUGGCUCUUCUCAUCUUCCUACUCCUAAAUGUCCUUUAUAUCUUUCCGAUGUUCUUUGUGUUCCACAGAUAAAGAAAAAUCUACUUUCUGUUUAUCAACUAUGCAAAACGAAUAAUGUUUCUGUAGAAUUCUCACCUUUUUCAUAUGUUGUGAAGGCCACCCAGUCCUGCAUCCUCAUACAACUGCUCUCAUCCUCGGGCUCUUCAUACUCAACUUUCUUCUGCUACAGCUUGGCACAAUCGACUUGGUCAUCCGUCUUCUCCUGUUUUAAGUCGCAUUUUAAGUUCUUUAAAUGUCUCUCCUAGAGUAGUCUCUUCCAAAUUCUUUUGCAAUUCUUGUAAAUGCAAUAAAAUGCACAAAUCUCCAUUUGGUGUUUCAUCAGUAAAAUCAUAUUCUCUAUUAGAAUUUGUAUAUCUGAUGUUUGGGGCCCUGCCCCUGUUUCCUCUAUAGAUGGUUUUCGAUAUUACAUUAUUUUUGUCGAUCAUUUUACCAAGUAUAUUUGGCUGUAUCCAAUGAAAAAGAAGUCUGAUGUCUCUAUUAUAUUUCCUAAAUUCAAGGCUCUUGUUGAAAAGUUUUUCGCAACACCCAUUGUCACUCUUUACUCAGAUAAUGGUGGUGAAUAUAUUUAUUUAAGAGACUUCUUCACCUCUCAUGGCAUUUCUCAUUUUCUUACACCACCAUAUACACCGGAAUACAAUGGGACGGCAGAACGAAGACACUGUCAUAUAGUUGAAACCGGUAUUACUUUACUUCAUUUAGCUAAGCUACUGUUAUCCUUUUGGUCUUAUGCAUUUCAGACUGUAGUGUAUCUUAUUAACAGACUUCCCACACUAUUGCUUCAUAAUGAUUCAUCAUACUUCCGUUUGUGCUCCAAAUUAUCAUAAAUUUUGGGUAUUUGGUUGUCUUUGUUAUCCCUGGUUGCGUCCUUAUUCUCAAAAUAAAUUUGAGCCUCUAUCUUCACCAUGUAUUUUCCUUGGAUACUCUACAAAUCAAAGUGCCUAUAUAUGCUAUGAUCUUCAAAAGCACAAGAUAUAUGUUUUCCGUCGUGUCAACUUUGUUGAGCAUGAGUCUCCUUAUUCUAAAUCUCUUGUAAUUGACAAUCUUGUAGCUGAUAACACUGUUCUCACUUGGGCUCCUCAUUACAUUAUCCCAUUGCCCACUGGCUCUACCAACUCUAUGGCUCCUCCCAGUACUGGUGCAUCUUCAUCUCUUACUCCUUCAUCAUGUAAGGCUUUGGGAACUUCAAACAGUUAUCAAGGUACAACUUCUCUUAGUUCUUCUUCUAUUCUGUCUCCUGCUUCACCAGAUUCAUCAAGUGUACAGGAACAUAGAUCUCUUGCAGUAACAACUGUGGAACCAAUGUCUCUAUCCGAUCCUAUCUCCACUCACUCAAUGCCGUCUUCAUUGCCAAUCUUUUCACCAUUGGCAUCAACUGGAACACCCGAACACAUGGAAAUUUCUGUUUCACCGGCUUUAUCAACUGCUCCCCCUCCACCUCCUUCACAAAAUUCUCAUCACAUGGUUACACGUUCAUAGAACAAUAUACAUAAGCCUCUCACCCAACUUUGUCUUUUGGCAUUUGUAAAUGCGUCUGGCCAUCCUAAUUUGCCUACACUUAAAAGUGAACCAAAGAGUGUGACUAAUGCUCUUCAGGAUGCUGAUUGGUAUGCUGCGAUGCUUGCUGAGAUCGCUGCUUUGAAAAACCAAGGCACUUGGACCCUUGUUCCUCGUCCCCCCGGUAAGAAUAUAGUUGGAUCUAAAUGGAUAUUCUGAGUGAAGCAAAAUGCUGAUGGCAGUCUUGACAAAUGCAAGGCCCGUUUGGUUGCUCAAGGUUUCGCUCAACGGCCAGGUAUUGAUUAUAUUGAGACUUUCUCAUCUGUUGCGAAACACACCACUGUUCGGGUCAUUCUCUCUAUUGCUGUCUCUCAAGGUUCGGUACUUUGUCAAUUGGAUGCUAACAAUGCCUUCUUGCACGUUACCUUAACUGAAGAGGUAUAUAUGGUACAACCUAAAGGGUUUAUUGAUACAAGUAGGCCAGAUUAUGUCUGUAAACUACACAAAUCAUUGUACGGUCUCAAGCAAGCCUCUCACGCUCGGUAUUAAGAGUUGUCCGAUUAUUUAUUAAGUUUGGGUUUCCAGGUGUGCUCCUCUGAUAAUUGCUUAUUAAUUUUCUCUGUUGCUGGGGUUGUUUUAUACCUCAUUGUC